AUGAGAGUCCUCACAAGACCCGGGUCACUGGCCCGGGUCCAUUCAUUGGCCUUUCGACAACGAAGUGUGAUUCCCACACAGGCACACCGCCGUAGACUUUCGGUGACCGCCGCCGCGAACACCGCGCCCCGACGAUCCCAGGACUUCAACUCCGGGUUUUCAAGCAGCUAUGAUCCGAGCGAAGACACCGGAAGAGGUCCCAUGUUCAACAAGGCCAAGUUUGGCGUUCCGCAAUUCUAUCCCAGAGACUUGAAGAAGCGGGUGGACGAAUAUGUGGUUGGCCAAGAUCGGGCAAAGAAGACAAUAUGCUCCGUUAUUUUCAACCACUACCAGGGCCUACGUCGAAGAUAUCACCAGGACGAGACGGAUCGCGUUUUGAGACAAAAGAUGCAGAGGCAGAAAUUUGCCCGAGACAGGGAGCUGCAUGAGAGGCAUCGCGAGCCUCACCCGGUGGAAGGUCAGCUCUUCGGUGAUCCCAUACUUCCGUGCUACGCUGAUGAUCCUUUUCGAGAAGACGAGUAUCCCGGACACUACGAUUCCAUCCAAGCCAUGUACCAGAGCCAGAACCAGCCCGACCCUUCAGCGAAUUUUUAUGUCGAGGAAGACCCGAGCCUUCCGCAGCACGUCAAAAUUGACAAGAGCAACCUGCUGCUCAUUGGGCCUACAGGCGUGGGCAAAACCUAUAUCCUUGAAACUCUGAGCAACAAGCUCAAUGUGCCAUUCACGAUAAGUGACUGCAAUUCCUUCACCCAGGCGGGCUACAUUGGCCAAGAUGUCGAGACUUGCAUUGAGCGACUCCUUAUCGAGGCCAACUACGACACCAAAGCUACCGAGCACGGCAUAGUAGUGUUGGACGAAUUUGACAAGAUCGCAAAAAGAGAGACCAUUAAUGGUCGUGAUGUUGGGGGCGAAGGCGUACAACAGGCACUCUUGAAGCUCGUCGAAGGAACCAAGGUGACCAUCAACGUGAAGGAGACGAGGUCUUCCCGGACGGCGAACCCGUUGACUUCCAGCUACGGCCCCGGGGGCUCUUCCUCACAUCCGCAGGCGUCACCUCCAGCUGGCAAGCUUGAGCAGUACACCAUCGACACGACAAAUAUCCUCUUUGUUUUCUGCGGUGCGUUUGUUGGUCUGGAUAAACAUGUGCUGAGAAGAGUGGCAAAACCCUCUCUGGGCUUUGGCUCUGAAAUUCGAAACAGCGGUAAUGGAUCUGGCCCUGGUAAUAAGACCAUCCUGCCGCCCGAGAUGUACGCUCAUCUCCCACAUCAACCAGCGUUCCCGGAUCCUGAAAAUAUCGGUUUCACGCCGAUGGAUCUCACCACACCCGCGGAUCUUCAAGCCUUUGGCUUCAUUCCCGAGCUCAUCGGGCGGCUGCACAACGUCUGUGCCCUGACACCGCUCUCCUUGGACGAGCUCUACCGCAUCCUAACGGAACCGCGCAACAGCCUCGUCGCCCAAUAUACGGCUCUCUUUGAGACCUACCCAAGCCGCCUGUUUUUCACGCGACGGGCCCUCUACGCCAUCGCCGAGCGGGCCGCGAAAAAUGAGACGGGCGCCCGGGGUCUCAAGAUGGAGAUGGAACGGGUGCUCGCCGAGCCCAUGUUUGAGGCACCAAUGCCGUACGUUCUGAUCACGGAGGGCUGCGUGAGGGGGACGGAAAAAGCAGGAUACUGGGGCAAGGAUGGGAGGUUCGAAAUCGAAAGGAGACUCCGGGACGAGAAUGAGAGAGAUAAUUCUCCCGGACCUGAUGUAACAAGCUUCGAGCAGUAUAGGGAAGCUGGACAGAGCGGUGCUUGA